GCCUAAGCUGCAAGCGUUAGCUAGUGUGAUGCAUCCAGACACGCGGCAGUUAUCUCUAGGUGGCGUUCGCGGUACCGCUUUAGGUUCGGCGAUUAAACAAGCGAGCAUGUACGACGAGGCGAGUCAAACAACUCCUCUCGCGGGUGGUUCGCCGGUUACGGCUUACCCUCCGUACAGCGCGAUCGUGGCGUCUGUUGCUUACUUGCUGAGCCACUGCGGGGCGAACUGGGUUCUCCCGCUUACCGCUACAUCGGGUACGCUCGCUGCCAAAGAACAGCUAGUGCCCUCUUUGAAAAACAGAGUCUAUCAAGGGAUUUUUGAGACGCUCUUUACGACUGACCUACCUAAGCGAGUCGAGAGGGUCAGAGGGGUCAUGAACGCCUGGUUUCGCAGAGACGUGACGCAGCAUUUGAUCGCGGCUAGAACGCAACCGCCCGAGCUGCAAGAAGAAGACAAAAACUCGAUGAAGCAAGAAGAGAAGGACAUGCAACCGGAAGCGGAACCAAUGCAAGUCGAGACACUUGAGGCCACUAGCAAUAAUUAUGGUUCAUCUACUUCCACAUUAGACGCUGGCAUUCUUGACGGCGCGGACGCGGCUAUGAUCUCAGUUGCGCCUCUUGCGGAGAGAAUUGAGCAUGCCCGUAAGCUUCUGGACACAGUUGUGGAGGAGCGACCUCUGGCACUGUCCAGAGCAAAGGGCACCUCUAGUGCCGCAGCGACAUCGUCGACCACAGGAGGCAGAGGGGAAGCAGUCUUGGAUGCGGCAGAGGUGGAGCGUGAUCUGCGGAAGGGUUGGGAAGAGUGUGAAAAGGAGUUAAAGGCAACU